AUGUCACAGUCCGGAUUAGGUGGACUGAACGACGCUCAAGGACAGAAUCAAGCUGGACAAAUAAUUGACAGUCAACAGAUACCUUGCCAGAACGGUCGUGCUGAGCCACUCGCUGAUAUCAUAAAGCAGGAUUUAUCUAACGGUUUUGAAAAUCGGACGAUGGAUUACGAGAGAUUUACCCAAGAAAGGACACGGCAUACUUCACUUACUGGGCAAGUUCAGGAUCAACAGCCGCAGUUAAUUUCACAGCAACAGCAACAGCAGCAUCCGAUAGCACAAUAUCCGUCAGGAAGAAGACAAUCCGUAGGAUUACCAGAAGAUAAACAUCCUUCAACGGGUCAAUUGCCACCCCUGCAAUAUGAUCAAGAUAAAGACAACGUGGAUAGAACUCAGCACGUGUCUCAAACCAGCACUCAGACGGUACCAGUGCAAGUGCAACCGCAAUUUGCACCUGAUUAUGAUCAAAGUCAAUAUCCGCAGAUUCGAGGACAAUUUGAAGUCAGGUCGCAAAUCUACCCGCAAACGCAAUAUUCCGAUAGAGUUGGUUUCGUGACAAGAGAUGUCACUUAUCGUGACCCGAAUCUCUAUGGUCAGAGUGGUACAAUCAAUCCGAUGUUCACUGGACAGGGUCAAUACGUAACAGUUCAACAUGGCUCACAGACACCUUCGCAAUCUACUAGUCCACAGCCCCCUUAUUAUUCAGGUGUAGUCGUGCCACAGCCACCGAGUGGUUACGCUCAAUUCAGUACUCAGCCACAAUAUUCUUAUAGUCAAUAUCCGCAAACGGUCAUGAACGCUGUACCGUACAAUCCGCACUCCGGUAUCUAUCCAGCUCAGCAAUAUUCUGGUCAACAAUCGCCAAAUCUACAAAGAUUUUCACAAGAAAUUGGCCAUUAUCAUACGCAACCGAUCAUUCAGCCCAAAUCAGUAUCCCAAAAUGUGACUCAUGGAAUCGCUAUCCAGACGACUGAGCGAUCUUGUCGAGGACCGAAACCGGUGGUACCUCCUCGUGGCAAUUCUAAAAUCACCACUCAUGAUGUUGGACAUAGAAAGUCUGCUAGUGUCGAUGUUCCGGCAUUACAAAAAGUAAAAUAUGAGUCAAAUCCGACUGCUCAACAGGAUUCAAUUCAUCGUAGUGAUGGCGCCAUUAUUGUGACGGGCGUAUCAACCGGUUCGGAAGGUUCGGAUAGAAGAUACUUAACUACGAUUAAUCAAAAUCCUAGGACAAGACAGGAUGGUUUAUACGUGGCUACUAAUGGUGAUCAGCCAGGCAGAGAGAAACUAAUCGAUACAAUUGCCACCGAGUGCGAUUUAUACGUGUCCAGAUCGGAACAUAGAAAAUCCGUGUCUGUCGAUGUGACUACUAGCUUCCAAGGACGUAACGAUACAAUUACUUUUACAUUUCCUAGUGAUGGUAAUCAAGAGAUUAUGUCGGGAAGGAAAACUACGACUGUAGUAGAUGCAAAACGAAUCGAUACUAAUCAAAUGUUCCCCGCUGAACAAAGAAGACUGGAUGCGAGUCUGCGUGUGUCACCAAUGGCGUUUGAUACGAGACAAGAAAAUAGGAAGAGCGUAGAAACCGAUAGAAAAUCCGAAUGGGGCAAUGUGAGUCCGAAUCAAAGAAAUGUCAUUCCUCCAGAGAACAGACGCUCGGAUUAUUUUGAGGAGCACCGAAGAUCACCUAUGAAUUUGGAAGGCAAGAGAAUGGAGGAUAUAAGGAGGUCACCUAUGCCAUUUGUACCAAUUCGAGAAACGUCUAUCGAUCGUACUGGACAGAAAAGUCCUUCUUUCGUUAGCCAAAACUUUGAGAAAACUAGACAAGAGCUAGCAAUCUGGGCAGAGCAACGUCAACGGCAAGAACAUGAAAAAAACAUGAUACCAGGUCCAAUAUUUACAACAAGUCCUCGUUCUCGUAAUCCGUCAGAGGAAAGAAGAGAUAUCAGAUCAAUUCACCUUUCAGAUGAUCGCAAAGAAUCUAGAAUAUCUCAAUCGGCCUUUCAGCCUCUUCCUAAUAUUAAUCAGAACACUAUAAUGGAGCAACGUCGACAUCUAAGACACGUUAGUGCCGAUCUGACAAAACAUAUGGAACUUUCGAGAAAAGAUUUUGACGAGCAACCUGUUACAGGUUCUGUAGUAAAUCUUGGCUCGGUAGUUAGUACUGCUUCAUCACAGAGAGCUAGUCCGAAUCUUUGUCAUCAAUAUCCAGCUCUCAGUGAAGCAAAAUUGGAUACAAAGACCGUGUUAACUGUGGUAACUGAUUUUGGUGAGUCAACUACCAGUAAACCAAUUGAUCAAAUAGAUCAUAUAAUCCACAGUCACCGUAAAAAUCAUAAUACCUCAUCUAACUUGCUCACUCAUAGUAAGAGCCAAAUGGAAAGCUUACAGAAUACAUUGGAGAAUCAGAGUGAGAAAACAGACUCUCUUCAUGUUAAACAAAAACAACAACAACAACAAUUACAGAACCAACAGAGUCUCGAUUUAAUCUCUGAAAAGCUAAGCCAGUUUGAACGUCAGCAGAGCGAUCUUCAAGCCAAGUUGCAAUGUCUUCAGAAUCAGAAUCAGAUUCUAGACAAAGUAGCGCAGUUUCAGCAUCAACAGAGCGAUCUUCAAGUCCGAUUUCAAAGUUUGCAGAAUCAAAGUCAAUUGAAUGAUAAAACUCACAAGAUACCUAACGAUUUUGCGCAACUUCCGUUGAUAAACGAUACCGAUCAGGUUCCAAUAAAUUCUCUUUCGAAUAAUCAAGAACAGUCAUCAGAUAAAUCUUGUUCCACUCAUCAACCAAUACAUGGUCUUCACCAAACGCUUCUGACUACGUACUCACAGAAUACCACCCUUCAAGCCUGCCAAUCGUCCGUAUUUGAGAAACUGACGUCUCGCGUGCAACAUGACAUUUCCGAUUCGAAUUCCAUUCAGAUUCCAAACAUGUCGCAAAUGCCGUUACCAUGCCUUCCACAAUUCGAUCGUGCCGAUGUGCCGCGUACUUCGUUUUCCCAGUUUCACCAACUUCAGUGCCAGAUCGAGAGCCACGAGAGUGCUUCAACGACGAAUGCUAGUCUACCUGCUAGCUCCUUCACUGGUACGCUCAAGAAGAUACCACCGGAGAAACCACCACGGACGUCCUUAAUAGUGCAGACACCAGAAGUCGAGGUAACAUUAAAAAAAUAA